AAUAAUAUUUAUUCCGUGAAAAUUGAAAACAAAACGUUUUAUUUAAAUUUGUGCCAAACCGUUGUUUUAGACUGAUAUAUAUAUAUUAUAUCGAAUACAAGUAUAAAGCGAUAUUUCCAUUUUACAUUCAAUAUACUACGAUAGAUAAGUUCAAUAUCCUAUGAUAAAUAUAUACGAUUUUCACUGUUCAAAAUAUGUUAAAGUCUAAAGUUUUUCCAAUUAGCCUUUUACUCGUAAUUUUCGUAAUUGUUGUUCAGACUUGCGUUGUACCUGUUAAUGUAAAGUGCGGAGGUGGUGGUGGUUGCUGCUGUUGUUGUGGAGGCUGUGGAGGCUGCGGCGGUGGUGGUGGAUAUGGAGGCUAUGGAGGCUAUGGCGGAGGUGGCUGUGGAUGUGGUUGUGGCGGAUGUGGUGGUUGCGGGGGACACACAUUAUGUGGUAGCAUUAGGGGAUGUAUUUGUUAAGUAUAAUAAAUAAAUAUAGGUACCAUGAAACCUUAAUAUCAACUACAAUAUUUCAUUAAACAAUAAUUAU